AUGCUAGGCCUUCAACAGCCACCUGAGGAGAUACUGUGCUGUUCUUUUCCCACCACCCUUAAAGGAGCGACAAGAGAAUGGUUCACCAAGUUGCCAAUAUCUUCUGUCGAUAGCUUCGAGCAGCUGAGUAAUGCAUUUUUACGCCAUUUCAUUGGAGGACAACGCCCUAAGAGGACGACGGACCAUUUGCUCACCAUCAGACAAGGAGAGAAAGAAACCCCGAGGUCGUAUGUACAACGCUUCACUCGAGAGACCUUGGAGGUAGACGAAGCUAACGACAAGGUGCAACUGACGACCUUCAAAGCAGGACUGAGGUCUAGAGAGUUCGUGGCUUCACUCGUGAAGAAUCCUCCCAAGACGAUGGUAGAGACGCUCUUGAAAGCACAGAAGUAUAUGAAUGCUGAAGACGCAUUAACUGCCAUAAGGGAUGUAGAGAGGCCAAGAGAUACAGGAAGGAAGGAAGACGAUCGUAAAGGACAAAAGAGGGAACGCCCAGAUCGUUAG